GCAAGCACAGACACCCCAUCAAACAAAGCCUCCACGGUUUGGAGCGUUGCAUGCGCCGUUGCCAAUGCUGACCUAAACAACGCCGCUUGUGGUUGGGGAGUUUGACACCUCAAAAACUAGCCCCAAUCAUGCAGCAAGCGGGAGGUCAGUCAGGGAUGGAUUAACUAAUCCGCGGCUAAAUCUAAUGCAUUAUUAGCCAUGACGCCACGCCAUUGGCCCCCUCCUUCCUCCAGCUCCUACCCCUUCCAAGUCGACCAUGAUGGAAUGAUGUCACACACGCUUCCACAAUCCACAGUCGCAGCUAGCUAGCUCCUCCCCUAGAUUAACCUUCCGAGGCAGCCUAAUCCUACUCUGAAUCUCUGACUGUAAGCGUAUUAUAAUGGAGAUGCUGAUAAAGCAACAAGGUGCAUCCUUCCAAAGAUUCAACGAGAAAGACGCAAGGAUUGGUUCUAUAUGCACAAUAAUUGUCCAACUAGUCUCCAUCUGUUUUCAUUGCUCUUCUUUUUUUGAUGGAAUGGUGAUCAAAGUCUUCUGCGUAUUCGCUAAAACAAAGCCUUCACGUUGCUCUCACCGGCUUCGGAUUUCAAAUACAGCCUUUCGAUGGACAGACGACCACGUCUUGGUCGACCCCUCCCUCCUAUAUAAACCAUUCCACCCCUUUCUUCCCAACCUCCCAAUUCCAAGCUUGCUACACCUUCUUUGCAAAUUUGCAACUAGCUAUAGCCUGCGAGGUUCUGUGCACCAUGGGCAUGGCUGAGAAGAUUUCUGUGGCCAGGAAGGCCGGGCUGAUCACGAAGACGUUGGACCGGUGCCGGAGCACGACAACGAGGAACAAGCCAGCAGAGGGCUGCUUCUCGGUGUACGUCGGCGCGGAUAGACAACGGUACGUGGUGCGGAUGGAGUGCCUGAACCACCCGUUGUUCCAGGCGCUGCUGGAGGAGGCCGAGGAGGCGUUUGGGUACGCAGAUGCAGGGCCCCUCGAGUUGCCCUGCAACACCGAGGCAUUUGCCAAGGUGCUAGAGAAGAUCGGGGAGGAGAAGCAGAUGGCGGCCCGGAGGAGGCAUGUCCUCCCUAGGGUGAGCUCCUAUCGGUCGCUUGGCACUGGCUGGCCUAUGAUUGUUGGCCGGUCGUAACAUUUGCAUUUGGAUUGGAUGAUACCGACUACCGAGUUGAUGAGCUCUGAGUUUCUGUUGAGCUUGCACCACUCAUACUAUCAUGUACACAGUUGGAAGCAAACUUAGCUCCCAAGUAUGGUAUUGUCAACAACAUCACCAUAUACUUGGCAAUGUUAGAUAUUUUUCGUUCUUAUUCUAUUUUCUGUUUUUGUGAGAAGGCACUGUUAGAUGUUAAUGUGUGUUCUCCCCCUAAGUUGUAGUAACUGUCUGCGUAAGUGUUAUACAGAUAGAAUUUGUAACUUUUCUGCCGACUAUAUAUGGCGUAAUACCAUAAUUCCGAA